AACUGGUCAUAUUGGUGGUAAUGGAAAUAUUGAUAAUUGUAUUGUAAUUUUGGUGUUUUUAAAUGUGAAUAAAAAGUGUUGUGUUUGAUAUAAUUAACAUCGAUUAUGAUGCCCAAAACAGUUGAUAAAAUUGUUGAUAUUGAUAUAUUUCAAGAUGUUUUCGGUUCAAUCGAUAAGAAUUUUAUUAAAUCAAUCGUUUCGAUUGCAAGUCUUUUUGAGGAUGAUGGCAAAAACUUUUUGAUGAUGACAAAAGAUUCUACAUUUGCUUAUGGUGACCAAAUUUGUAAAAUGUUAUCGUUAAAACAUGAUUCAUCCAGACCACAACCAAUUUCUUCAUUGAAUGAUAUGAAAAUCAUUCAAGUUGAUUCUGGUGACAAUUUUGUUGUUCUUCUCACUGAUGAUGGUCGUGUUUAUCUAGCCAGUAAUGAUGAUGUCUGGGAUACGAAAAAAACAUUUAAAUUAAUAACCGUCAGUAAUAAUGAUGAUCGAUUCAAAAUGAUUGCUUGUGGAGAAUCAGAUUUUCUAUUGUUGCGACAGGAUGGUACUGUUUUCAAAAGUUUUGACAGCUCUAACGAUUCCGAAAAAUCUCGACCAAAACGUAUUGAACCUGUUAAAGGUUUAAAAAAUGUAAAACUUAUUGCUUGUGGACAAGAUCAUUAUUUUGCAUUGACAAAUAGAGAAAAAAUUUAUUCAUGGGGAAAAAACGAUUAUGGACAAUUGGGUCUUGGUGGUCGUUAUUAUGGUUCUAAUCCAACAUUUUUUCUAUUUCCUAGUGAUUCGAUUAAUAGUCGAAUUAAAGAUAUUGCGCUUGGCGAGCAUUUUUCCUUAUUUUUACUCGAAAAUGGAGAGCUUUAUUUUUGUGGCCAGGAUUUGACUAAUACUGAUAUAUAUUCUUCACCAAAAUUAGUUCUUAGCAAAGUAGAAAGAAUUGCUACUUCAAAAUUUAAUAGAUUUGCCUUAGCUUAUGGUAAUUCAUCGUAUUAUGUAUGGGGAAAAAUUUACAAACAUCAUUGGCCUUCAUUCGCUAAAUUCAAUUUUAAAUUCAAUUCAUUUGCAGCUAUUCUAGAAAAAUUCACACCAUUGCCCUUUACAUUUGGUCUGACAUCAACAUUUUAUCAACUUGAAGAUUAUAAGCAUUCACUUCGAAAACCCGAAGAAUCGAUUCGUCUAUUAUUUGAUAAUCCGGAUAAUUAUGAUGUUGAAUUUAUCGUUGGCCAACAAAAACAACGUAUUGUGGCAAUGUUGCUUUUUGAACAAAGUGAAUUUGAAUUUUUGAAAACAAUAUUUUAA